AUGUAUGAAACGAGAUGUUUUUCAACGAAUGGAUUUUAUCCACCGACAUCAUCUUGUUCAUCAAAUACGUCUUCACCAGAUUCAUUAAAAUAUCAACGUUUAUUUCUUACUAUAACAUCAUCACCACCAAAUAUAUCUCAUCCAUAUUUUCAACAACAACAACAACAGUGUAUUUUUGAUCAUCAUCGUUUUCAUUUUAAUCAUAAUAUUAAUAGUAAUUCGAAUGUUAGUAAUGAAAUAAAUUCAUCAUCAUCAUCAUCAUCAUCGUCAUCAUCAUCAACAACUUCUAAUCAUGAUCAAUUACAUUCAUGGUUUGUUGUCCAAUCAUCAGGACAGCAACAGCAGAGUCCUGCAACGGUGAGAAUGAUCUCAGAAAAUGGACCAGCCUUUCCAUUGCCUUUACAUUUACCACCUGGACAUAUAGUUCAACAAGUUCUAGACGAAAAUGGUGUAUUAACUCAUGUCAUUAUGCCACAACCAGGACCCCCACCACCACCGCCGCCACCACCACCACCUCAUCACAUGGCCAGUAUAAAGAGAAAGAAAGAAAAUAUCAUUAUAUUUAUUCGAACAAAUUCUUUCUUUCUUGUUCUCAU